GUAAGUGCGGGGAUAUUAAGUAUGAUAUACUCGCUGUUUGAUGACAGGUGUUUCAAGUUAGGUUGGUAAACUUAAUCAAGCUAAACUGUUUGUAAUAUCUGAAUGGCUAUAAUUUUCACUGGCGUGUAAAAUAAAGCAUGGUACAAUUACACACGCAUCAGAAAUGCCUUGUUUACCAUCCCAACGCUCUUCAAAGAUGCUAAGUGUGUGCUUCCUCUUGACAUGAAUAUGUUUGUUGUUCGAGUGUGAGAAGCGAGAGUAUACACACUGGAUUAAUAAUACCCGUUACGAGGAAUGCACUCGCCCUCGACUCGUACGUACAAGCAGAUAUUAGCUCAGUCACAUCAAAGUUGGUUCGUCAUAUGUACAUGUCCUCCACGCUGGAGAGACCGGACUCGUACAUAUAUAAAAAAUAAAAUAGUCGAGUACGAGAGGAGGUAAUUGUACUAAAUGUACCCUAGGCGUCGAACGCCAAUUUUCUCCGCUACGACCAAUUUCAGCUGACAUUAUAUCUCCUGUCGGCUGUCACAUGUAGAGCGGUUGUCCCGCCAUGGAAUCUAACGUGUAAAUGUCGUGCCCUUCCGCGUGACAAUAACCAUCAGCCGCUGGGCCGGGAUGAAGGGAGGCGUGAGUCUUCUGCUGUAUCUCCUCUGGACUGUGGGGACCGGGGAUGGACGUCAUAUAUUCAUGACCCCAUUGGUCACAAAUGCUAGGACAGUCGUUGUGGUCAUUCUUCCCGAGGCCGGAGUGGAAAAUAUCCUUUACAAGCAAUUCGGGGAGACAAUUCAGAAAAGGAGUCCAUACAGCACGUGGUCAGUGAUAGCUGACCUCCAUGGAAAAGAGGCACGCCUUGAGGAUAUCCCAGCAAUCGUCUGGAGUGUGCGGGAUAGACUCAGAGAGGAAGGGUUUAAUGCAAACGCAUAUGACCUGUUUCUGGCGGGACAUGGCACUUCCGGCUUUCCAGUACAGCUGUAUGCAAGUAUUUAUCCAUCGGAAGUGAACGGAAUACUCCUCUACAACUCGUAUCUCCGGCAGGGCCAGAUUAUCACAUUUCCGGUUCCUGUUCUCACAAUCUCAGGAGACCUUGAUGGAGUAAAUAGAAUAACACAGAUUGCCGACAUGCUGAUUGACAAUAUAAAUGACGACGACGACUCCUUGCUAAGGAUGAGCCCCAUCAUUGUCCUGGAAGGAGUCAAUCAUGGCUCAAUUAUCACGGGCGAACUUCCGGCGAAUUUCAAAAUGGCUGAUGUUGAUUCGGAUCUUCCGGUAGACAGAGCCAUAGAUACAAUAUCCCACAUUACGAAAACGUUCCUGGUGAGGACUGUUGAUAACGACAACGCGAGUAUGUUAUCCUUACUGAGGGAAUCGAGGAAAACCUUAAUUUUAUUACAGCCCAUAAUGGACAUAAAGAGGAUGACCUUAGAUUCGACCUUGAAGUCUACGUGGGUGACGUACGCCCAGAUCUGGUUGUCAGGGAUACUGGGACCCAACUCUGCGAAGAUACAUGUACAGAGUUAUGUGAAUAGAAACCUUGAACCUGCCCUUAUGGAACAACUUGAUGGCAGUGUGACUAUAUUCACAUUCUCUGAAAUGGUAUACUCCGAAGAUGACGUCACAGAUGACGAUAUGCCCCCUGCAUUGCCUAAACUAUUGGAAAUCAAAUCUAAGUUAUUUAAAGCCGAACGAGUGCAGGCUGUCCUGUCUAAUUCAUCUGUUGGUGGGAAUAUCAAAACCUGCCGGGACAUCAACUAUGCGUCUUUUGUUUACACCUAUCACUCUGCUCAAAAUAUAACCAGAAAGCGAUUUGACAGGACGCAUUCCGGCAUUGUAUUUCACGAGGACAUUGUGGCUAGGUCAAAGUCGGAAUGGGAACGGCAACAAUUGUUGGUGGAACAGCGGGGUAAAGUUCUACAUGUGACGUCAGUAUCCUGGACGUCACCUAUGAAGUCAGAGGGAAUAGUUUAUUGUAAAUUACUACCACCUCCACGGAUAACAGAGUGGAUAUAUGUAGACUCUUUACUAUGAGAAUUUUUAAGAGUGAUAAUUGUGGUUUUCAGGGCUAUUAAGAUUUAUUUCUAUUUUUCUGUAAAGUAUUUUAUCUUCACUUUUCUAAUACAUCAUAACCCCCCUUUCUGUAAUUUGAUCAAAGUGAUGAAAAUUUCUAUAUGACAAUGUUUUACAUUUUAACAUAUGUUACACCAAAUCUACCAUCACCAUCUAACAGCCUGACCAGAAUGUUACAUAUCGUUUUCUCAUACGGGACCUACAAGCGUCCAUUACCAAAUCAAAAGUAUCGUGUUUUGUCUAUCGUGUAUAUUGCAGAUUUCUAAAUGAGUUCACGCAGAUAACAUAUUACUGAAUUGGUUAUUAUUUUUUUAUGUAUGCGAGAUUGAACCUCGUGUUAGUCAAAUUAAGAACCUUCCUCCUCGCUUUGAGGUUCCUUGUCUUGCCCACAAGUGGAUGAAGUAUUCCAUCAUUACCCAAUACUCUAUGUACGAAAUUAGUCAAUUUUAACUGUUUGGCCUUUUGUCCCAUUUCGAAUGUAGGGAGUGAAACAGUCGAAACUGUUUUUCCUGUCCGAGCGAACUGUUGCCCGCCGCGACAUUGAUGCGCAGAAAUUCCUCAUUCAAGGCUCUCGGUGAUCGCGACUCGGUGAUGUUUACACAGGCAACACAAUGGCGAGGUUCAAGGAAUGAUGGAAACCGAUAUACAAGGGUCAAACUUAUUCACUUUGCUUUUGUCAUAUUUGGCUUUGCGAAAAAAAUGGCUGCGCCCAUCCGCUUCGGAGCACAGAGGUGAGUAAAGAGUUCUUUUUAUAGUCAAAUAACAGGCAUGUGACAAAAUAUGCGAGGAUGAUCUACGAUAAUUUCUUUUUCGAUUGAUAUAUUUGGGAUAAUUAUAUAUAUGUUCUAUAAAAAGUUAUUGAAGAAAACCCUCGCUUUGAAUGGCCGAUGUUUAUAAUCUUUCAAACUUGUUGCAUUCACUUAGACAAGCAACGGGUUAGUUUUGUGAUUUUGGUAUGAAAUGCAUUUAAAUUGUUCACCAUAUUAAUGGAUUCACAAACUAAAUCUCGCGCCUUAUCUGAUAAAUGCUAUUUUUGUUCAUUUUCGUUGAAGUGUAUGCCAAUAUUGGUUGUUAACAAUAAAGUAUGACGUUUUUGUGACAUGAUAAUGGUUUCGCAUAAUAAAAUUUAAAACCAUGCUGUUUGUGUUGAAUUGGCUCAUCAAAAAUUCAAUUAAAAAAGUACCUUAUGAGAGUGAAUGCAGAACAGGCGUGACUGAAAAUUAAAAACAAUCUCUCGUGUUAACAUUGCUUUUUGAUAUUGAUCUGGCAAACGUUCGCAUCUUUUAUAUAAAAUUGGUUUUUAUCCACUACCUCCGAGAGGUGAAUGUUCUGUGAUAUAAUUCCAGGCUCUACGAUUUUUCCUACAUCCACGUGCAGGAGCUGAUGUUUUCAAGUAAUCUGUCACUUGGAAUUGCAAAAUUGACACCUUUGCUCUUUGGAUUAAUGAUCCCCUAUUGCUUACGUUAUUUUUAAUAGAAUCACGAUGUGCGAAUUCCUUCAUAUACCUUAAAAACUGACAACCUAAUAUGUUGCUGCCGCUCCAAAAGAAGUCCUUUAUAGCUUCGGUAUAUCUAAUAUUCGAAGUAUUUUGUUGACGUGCCAUUUAAUGGUAUCUUUAAAUAAAAGAGUGGGCGAUAUUGUCUUUGGAAAACAUUCUUUUACUGAUCGCUGACUGCAAACGAUUAAUUGUUUCGGCUAUACCGUCAUCAUUGCAGUAUUCCUCAUCAGAAUCUGGGGCAAGAAAAUGUCUUUUGCGAGAACUUCUGUGAGUUGUUUGACGUUGCGGAGUGGUUGCACAUACAUAUUUUUGGUGACUACAUGGUGUUCGACCUGCACACCACCUGACUUAUGAUACCGGUAAUUGGUGUUACAAAUGUUCUCAAUAUAAUUAGAUUAAUCCAAUUCAAAGAAAAGGAGAAAAAUUAUAAUCGCCACAAAAUCAGUAAAAUAACGUUGUAUACCAUUAUAUUUACAAAGCAUACACCUACAUUAGCAAAUUAAAAUUUGUCCUGAUAUCCUAAAAUGUUAUUUCAUUAUAAAUACAUAUUAUCAUCGGCAGAUUUGCAAUAUCAUUGAAAAUAAACAAACAAUGCAUAAACAACGCACUUUAUAACAGUAAACGUGUUCAAACAAUUAGAACAUGUCUAAAAUAGUGGGUAGGACGAUCCACAUCAUGACACGAGAUCAUGUUUUCUUCAAGAACUUUUUUUAAAGAAUAUACACAUAAUUCCCCCAAAUUUAUCAAUUGAAAAAGAAAUUAUCGUAGAUCAUCCUUGCAAUAAGCAGAUUUUGUCACAUGCCUGCUGUCUGGCUAUACCGAGGAUUCUUUACUUACCUCUGUGCUCCGAAGCGGAUAGGCGCAGCAAUUUUUUUCUCGCAAAGCAAAAUAUGACAUUUGCAAAGUAAAUAGGUUCGACCCCCUGAUCUAGAGGAAUUGCAAGAAGAGAGGAAUUCACAAAUGACAAAGAAUGUAACCAAAGGAACAGUAAACAUUUUCAAACCCAAUUAUGAUGACAAAAAAGGUCACAAUGGAUGUAGGCCUACAGGAAAAAGAAGUGAACGCUGCUAUAUUUGACCUCUUUGCUAUUUUAAAACAAAUCAACAUCACUUCAUGCAGCAUUGGCUCGAUAGAGGAAGCCCCCGGAGAAGUGUUUGCCCUCACCUACCGGCCUCAGACAAACAGUUCCCCAGGGCUCCCAAUAUUUCGGGAUGAUAGUUUUGGCUGUUCCCCAAUUAGCCAUGAAGGGAAUGUAUAUUUGAUCUCACUCAAGGUCUAAGACAGGAUAUUCGCCUUUCAUAGCAAUUGCAUGAAGUCGUGAAGCCAACACAAUGACGUCACGACGACAAUUCAAUCACAUCACGAUAACAUUGUCUUGCAUUAAUGUUACGUCAUUAUUAGAUAUGUAAGAGUAAACAGGUAAGAGAAAACUAAUCAUUCACUGCUUUGGCGAGAGACGAGAUCUAACCCAUCGGAUAGGAUACUUAAGCUGCAAAACACUCGACAAUUCUCGUGUAUGUCAACUUAAAAAUCUUUCACGUCGGGUUGCGAUCCCCCUGUCCCACCCCAAGGGGUGAAAUAUUACAUUAAACCGUAACACUGAUUAUGUUAGUCUUCUUAGAUAUCCGGUUCUGGUGACAAGUUUAACACAAUUUACGACCAAUAUUUUCAUAGUGGGUGAUCAAUUUAAAAAUUCGAUCAUAGUUUAACUCCCCAUCUUUAACAAUGUCCUGAUGUGAAUUCUAAAUAGGUUAUAUUUUGAAUGUUUUGAUAUAGCGGGUUUUUAUGUGUCUUGUUGGUACUUAUGCGUUGCCUGUUUUUGUAUUAAGGAUACUGGUAUGCUAUCUUUAUGUUAUCAUCGAUAUUUACCACCAUUAAAAUCUUGGAUAACUAUUAUAUACUUGCCUUGCCGAAAAACAGCCAUACGUAAUUGGUCAGGUAAAUGAAUUCCAUAUGGACAAUUUAGUGAUUGGUCAGUUAUACCAGUGUCAUAUUAACUCUUUAUUGAUUGGUCAGAUAUACCUAUGUCGUAUUAACACUUUAGUGAUUGGUCAGAUAUACCUUUGUCGUGUUAACACUUUAGUGAUUGGUCAAAUAUACCAAUGUCGUGUUAACACUUUAGUGAUUGGUCAGAUAUACCUAUGUCGUGUUAACACUUUAGUGAUUGGUCAGAUAUACCAAUGUCGUGUUAACACUUUAGUGAUUGGUUAGAUACGCCAAUGUUUUAUUAACUUCUUAGCAAAACUUUGUUUAAACAAUUGAUAAAGUUUUUUUCUAUGUUCUAGUAUACACAAGUUGCCUUGCCAAAAAGAGUCAUGCAUAAUUGGUCAGUAUUAUUACUUUAACACACGUAAGGCAGGUGAUCGUAACCUGCCUUGAUUGUUACAGUAAAUGUUUUUAUUUUACAAAAUUGAAUUAUUUCUUUUGUAUUUAAACACUUGCUUUUAGGCCCUAUUUUAGUGUUCCUAACUACCGUUUUAGACUUCUACAUUUUUGGGUCCUAAUAUCAUAGACGAGUCCUAAAGGGAUGAAACGGCUGCAUGGUGUCCCUAGCAUAGUCCUACAAGGACAGGAUAGCUGUAUGAUUCAGUUGUAUACACUUACUCAUUUUAGAUACGACUAAAAGAAGACUAGUUAUCAUGCGAUAAUUGUUACGGCAAAUAGAACCGAAAUAGAUUAUGAAAGCUUGGUCAAAGAAGAAUGUGCUGGUUUCAGAUUAUGAGAUAACGUGUUGGCUUUUUGAAACUUUAAUCGACUGUUGUAGUGUGACCUUGUGUGACAGGGUGUGUGAGGGUGUGUAUGUGUAAGGUAGGUGUAAUUGAUGCGUCUGAUCAAACGAUGUGUUGGAUGGUGGUUGUCUGUAAUGAUAUUAAGUAGGAUAUGUGACAGUGUAAGAGUUAAUAACGCCUAGGCUUGAUACUCUGAAGUAUUUUGAAUAGUCCCACAUCUUGUAAAUCGCUUUAAUAUUUAGUUAUCAUUAAUAAAAUGUGAUAUUAUAUACUGUA